ACUCCAUUACUGAUAUACUUGAGUAAACCAAUACAGCCAAAAACCAUUGUAAUUACUUCUAAUGGAGAAGUCACGCUCAAAAUCUGCUCUUAAGUUUGUGAAGAGUGCUUCACAGUCUGCAGCUUCAUGGAGCUCCAGCUCCUGUUCCAGUUCCAGUUCCAGUGGCAGAGGAAUGACAAAAGAUGAAGCACUCAAAGACCGACUUUGUGAUAAAUCUAAGACUACUACUCAAAAUAAGCCUACUGCUAAGGAAAAUACCAAGCCACAUGACUUCAAACUCCAUACUCAGCAAAGAGCAGUCAAACGUGCAAUGUUCAACUAUGAGGUGGCCACAAAGCUGUAUAUAAUAGAGCAACAAAAAAAACAAGAAGAGAGAGUACUAAAGUUGAUAGAAGAGGAGGAGGUCCGCUUGUUGAGAAAGGAUAUGGUUCCUAGGGCUCAACUUAUGCCUUUUUUUGACAGACCUUUCUUUCCACAAAGAUCAAACAGGCCUUUGACAGUUCCAAGAGAACCAAGCUUAAGCUUCCGGAUGAUGAGCAAUAAGUGUUCCAGCUCUAUAUUUCCCAGCAGUGAAUACUCUCUAAUUUUCAACAGAGCCGUCAGGCUUUGACCAAAACAUCAUAUAUGCAUUUUCCAAUUAGUACUACUAAAGCUGUUUGGCUGCUGGGAAAAUAUAACUUCUUCAUCGAUGGUCAACCUUCAAUUUGCUUUACUUAAUUCUCUGUACAAUGUUCCACAUUUUCCACUUGUUAUGUUAGUAUUGCAGAAUAUAAAUCUCAUCCGAGUGCUAUAUAAACAGGACUUUAGUAGUCGUUGUCAUUUAGUUAAAAUCCUUUUGACAGGAUAGUUAGUAAGCAUAGUGACCUCUAAGGCCUUUUACUGUCAUAUAGUGAAAACCCUUUUUUUGAGGGGAGGAGCUGCUAGUGACUUCUUGGGCUUUUAUCGUAAAUAAAGUUACAUGUACACCAUUUAGCUUCUUUUUUUUUUUAAUGAAAAGUGAAAGUUUCUUAUUUUAA